CUUCCGGGUAAACAAACGCCAGGCGGGGACGCGGGUAAUGCAAACUUUUCCUGCGCGUGAACCACCGUGUAAACACGGCAAAAGACUGUCAUGUAUCAACUGGAUAAAACGACCGUAGCGAAGAAACGCUCUCCGCCCGUGAAAGUGCUCUCCUCCCAGCUAAGGACGGCACAGAGCCAGGGAGCAGCCGGCAGCGGGGAUUGCUGGGUGAUCAGACCGGGCAAAGGUCGCUCUCUCCCGGUGUCUCUGGUGUGGAUGCAGGGCACCGUAAUGGAGGCGCCGCUGGACACGAACACCGUUCUGCUCAUGGACGAGACGGGGACGUUUGCUGUCCAGGGCGUUAACAACGUCCCUAAAGGGAAACCAUGUUUGUCCCAAGGCAAGUACGUGAUGGUGAUGGGUGUCAUCCAGGCCGUCUCUCCGGAGCCAGUCAUCCGAGCCGUGAAGAUGGCAGAUCUGUCGGCGCUCGCCGCGCUUCACAGGCGGAUGUGGAAGCUAGAGGUGGAGGAGCUGCAGCAGGUACUGACCUGACAGCAGGGACACUUUGCACAAGUCGUUGUUGUCACACAUAAAGUCCCUCAUUGGACUGAGGAGAAGAUGCCGGGUUCAACUGGGAGGCUUUAGAUUAUAGGCUUUUAUUUUGAAGGUGAAACAUGGGACAGAAUUGAGUCUGAAUCAGUGCAUAUCCCGGUUUGCUGUUAAAAUGAAUCUGAUUAAGAUGAAAACAUCAAAAAACCUCAUGUAUUAAUCUGAUUAUCGCUUAUUCCUCUGUAUGACUGUAUUCAGGUUGAGGUCUGUUUACAUGGUGGAGUUUUAUUCAGGCUAUUGUUUUAAUCUGGUUAAUAUUGGAAUAUUAGCGUACAUGUGAACAGCUCCAGUAGUUCCUGUAAGGCAGAAAAAAAUGGAACCAAAACCUUAAAAAGGACCAAUGGGAACACAAGAUUUAAAGGUACAGUGUGUAAAAAUUGGCAAUAUUUAUUGGUGGAGAUGCACAUUUUAGCCUCCAGUUUGCACCAAAACUCAAAACCUGUUUAGUUUGUCCAGUGUGGGCUAUUGUAAUAACAAGGUGUUCCAAAAUAGUGGCCUCGGUUGAGCUGACCAUGCUUCUAAUACAAAACUUAAAGGCUCAUUUUGAAUGUAAACCUUUAAAAAUGUUUUAUUUCAUUAUUCAUCUUCAAUUUCUGCCAAAUUCAAAAGAAUAAAUUCACCCUGUAUUUUUCA